AUGUUCAAAUUCUUUUUCUUUUUAACAGGCAUAUAUACCUCGACAAAUAAUGGAUUAAUAUGUACUACGGAAUCUGUUGCAAGUAAUAUGAAUGAUUUUUAUAUUGCAAAAAGAAGAAAACAAUGUAAUCAGAUUUCAACUGGCAACAAUAAUACAAGUCAAUUUCCAGAACAAGAAAACUUUAAGCUGGGAAAGAUA